UAUGCCAAGGAUAUUCAUCAUAUAAAAAUUAUUCGUAAACUUAAAUCUAUCCAUUUAAAUUAUACACGCGAUUUCACGAUAUAAAUGGAACGUUGACUUUUAUCUAUUACCUGCAACGCCCUGAUAAGAUGGAUAAUGAGAUAUAUAUCGUGUGUAUUCAGUUCACCGGUAUCGUCAGUUACACGUUGAUCUUGAAACAAUACUCAUCAUGGUUCGCGAUCGCUUACCCGAUUUAUGUGCCUGCCGUAAUAGCAGUACUACAUUUGGCAGAGGAUUUUUGCAAGAUGUUCACAUUCAGAUAGCACAAAAUAAAAAAUUAAAAGAAGUGCUAGUGGAAGUCGAAGAAGUACGUGGUUUUAUACAACUGCUAGUGGAAAAUAUAUCAAUUGUUAAAGAUUUGCAUAAUAAUGUUUUAUCACAUACAAGCAAAGACAUGCAAAAAGAACUUGAAAUUCGUACUCAAACCAUCUCGCAAACAGCUUUUCAUAUUCAACAAAAAUUACGAGGUAUGAAGGAAAAUAUAGCUGCUACAGAUUCUUUUAAUACAGAUAAUAUAAAGGAAUAUCCUGCUCAUAUACGAAUCAAACGUUUACAAUAUGCAACUAUGCUAAAGAUGUUUUCAGAUAUUAUGGAGGAUUACAAUACAUCAUUAGUAAGAUAUCAUGAUAAAUGUUUACAACUUUUACAGCAACAGAGAAUGUUAAUAAAGAAACAUACGACAUAUGAGGUAGAUGAACCAGAAAAAGUACAAGGGAAUAGCAUAUUUGUAGACAAUAUCCUAGAAGAUAGCAAAAUCACCAAAGAGCAAUUGUCUGCCAUAGAAGUACGACAUAAUGAAGUUUUGAAAUUAGAAAAAUCUAUUCAUGAAAUAAAAGAUAUGUUUAAUGAAACAGCUUUUCUUAUCGAAAAACAAGGGGAGCAAAUAAAUAGUGUAGAAUAUUUUGCAAAAAAUACUGCAAAUGAUGUUGAGAGUGGUAAAAAAAGUCUUAAUAAAGCAGAAGAAAGGAGUCAUAGAUACAAAAAAAGAAAGAUAAAGAUUGGCAUUAUCGUUGGGAUAAUAAUAUUUGCUAUUCUAUUAAUUAUUGUAUUUCUUAAUUAAUUUUUUUACAUUAACUUGCAUGGUAUUACAUUUGUAAACCAAAUAUUCUUAUAUAUAAAGUUAUAUUCUAUAAAGUUAUAUUCUAUAUAAAAAGUCAUAUUUUAAAUAUAAAAACACAAAUUCAUAGUUAAGAAGACAUAACAUCUGAAAAGUACAUUACUAAGCCUUUUGAACUUGGUCUUAAUUUAUAAUCUGCAAUGGUGCACGUAUAAAAUACAUCUAAUACUUCUGCGUAUUCUGCACCUAUAUCAAUCGCAGGUAAUGGUGGACGAACGCCUAACAAUAUUUGGAAAAAUAUUUUUUACUGUAAAUAUUAAUUAAAAAUUUCAUUAAAAUAUCUAAGAAUUACUUACCACA